GCAGACCUUCAACUUCACACGACUCACUCACUCACUCACAUCCACCUCGACGCAACUCACCCCAUUCACACGCCGUCCUCGCUCUACAAUAAGCUUACCAGAAGAUCGUACGAGCUCGUCUUUCAUUCAUCAGCCGGAGAGCAUCAUCAUCGCGCUCAGUCAGCCAGGCAGCCAGGCAGCCAUGGCCGAAGCGAAGCAGCCGGCCCCGCGGCCGUGCAAGCGCUGCAAGGCGACGCCCGCGCCGUAUAUCCUCCGCAACGACCCGACCUGCCGGGACUGCUACGUCGACUACGUCGAGGCCAAGGCCGGCCGCCGUCUCGGGGCCGUCGCCCGCGAGACGCGCACGUCGGCCGCCCCGGCCCCGCGCCGCUACCUCGCCGGCCUCUCCUUUGGCGCCUCGUCGGCCGUCAUGGCCCGCGUCCUCGACGGGAGCGCAAAGUUCCACUCGUCGGCCAAGAAGGGCUCCGCCGCCGCCGCCUUUGAGGCCCUCGUCGUCCACGUCGACACGGACCUCGGUUUCGAUCCUGCUUCUUCUUCUCCUUCUCCUUCUCCUUCUCCUCGUCAUGAAGAGGCGUCAUCGUCAUCAUCACCAACCUCACCUUCACCAACGUCAACGUCACCUCCUCCGCAGAACUGCUCGCCCGCCGCCGCCCGCCUACUCGACCGGUACCGCGCCCGGUUCCCCAACGUGUCGUUUGCGUGCGUCCACCUGAGCAGGGCGCUGCGUCUACGGACCGUGGACUGGGCGGCGCUCCUACCCCCAUCACAACAACAACGAGGAGGAGAACGAGGACGGGAUGUGUCGCCCGAUCACGACGACAAUGGCAGCAGCAGCACAGGCAUCAGCGACUCGGAGCGGCUGCGUCGUUUCUUUGACGCGCUGCCCUCGGCGACGGCUCGCGCUGAUGCGACGCGCCUGCUGGUGCGCCACAUCCUGCUCGACAUGGCCCUCGCCGGGUCCUACUCAGCGCUGCUCCUCGGCCACAGCACCACGGCGCUCGCGGCCCUGACGCUCGCCGAGGUGGCCAACGGGCGGGGCUUCUCCGUGCCGUGGCAGGUCAACGACGGGCCGUACCCGGUGCGCACGUACGAUGAGCCUGGCAGCGGCGGCAGCAGCGGCAGCAGCAGCAGCAGCAAGGCAGAGGAGCGAGACACGGCGACCGCCGAGAUGGCGACGGCGACGACGACGGCCGAGACGACGACGGUCACGCAGCAGCACGUCCCCAUCUUCUACCCCAUGCGCGAGGUAUUCGGCGCCGAGAUCGCGCAGUACCUGGAGCUGUCACCCGAGCUCGGCGAGCUCGUAACCGCCGCCGCCGCCGCCGCCCUCGCCCCCAGCACCACCACCACCACCACGUCAGCAGCAACCAACGGCGGCGGCAGCAUCGUGUCGCACAAGGACCUGAGCAUCGCCGAUGUCAUGAGCCGGUACUUUGCCGGCGUCGAGGGCCCCUACGAGGGCAUCGUGGCCAACGUGGUGCGCACGACGGGCAAGCUCGAGAGGGCCGGGGCGGCCGGGGCGGGGCCGUGCGGGCUGUGCGGCAUGACGUUGGACGAGCGGGGGGACGAGCGCUGGGCGGGGGAGCUGGGAGAUGAUGACAGCGAUGGCAACGAUGAUAGUGACGGCGACCGUCGAGGGGGUGGCGACCGGAAGGCACGCUUGUGCUACGGGUGCAAGCGAUCCGUCCAUGGGUAGUAAGUGGUAGAUUCAAACCCCCUUGAACGGGCCAAGGGGAACGAAGCCAAAACAAAUAAAAAAGUCUAGUAAACAAAGUCUGCCU